AUGGAAGAUUUUCAAGUUAAUGACUGUGGAGAUGUCUUAGUAGCAUGCGUAUUCGAUAGGCGUAAUCGAAUGCGAACAUUUUUUCCUACAUUUGCUGAAAUUUGUUAUAAUUCAUUGGAAUUUCGCGAAAUUCUUCAACAUAGAGAAAUUAUUCAAAAAACUGUUGCUCAAGCUAGACCAUCGGAUGCUAUGAUUAUUGUGUUAUGUAGUUAUUCGCAUGACGCUUGGAGUCGAAAAAUUCUAAGAGAAAGCGGUGCUCUCAAGUUGCUUAUUGAUAAAUUGAAUUCCAGUUCUGAAUUUUUGCGUUUCUAUAUUGCUUCGAGUUUGGCGCCUUUUUCGCAUGAUUUUCGAAGUUUACAAUUUAUAUGCGCUUCUACUAAUUUUUUAAAAUUUUUACUAAAAAAUGGAGGCGAUUUUUACGAACAAAAUGUUCAUUUGCCAAAAAUGCGAGAGUGUAAUGUAAUACGUUGUAUUGUCGAAAAUGAUACGAAGCAUAAUUUUUAUGAUUCAACAAGACCUUUAAAAAAGGGACUUUUUACAAUAUGUAAUAUCUCAGAACUUUUAAAAACAAAAAAAUUUCCGAAACAAUAUAAGGAACUCGUCUCUAAAGAAAUUACCGCAUACUUGAUGGCAUUGUUUGCUACAUUUCUGUACGAUUCUUCUAGCCUACAGUAUCUCAACAAUGAGCUAUUAGAUCAAUUAAUUAAUUAUUCAUUGUGUUGUCACUGGAAUGAUGAAUUCGUCUAUAAUGCUUUAUUGCAUACUGCAAAAAGACACGAUGCUUUUGAAAAAUUAUUAAAGCUACAAUUUCAUAUUCGAUUAAUCGACGUUAUAAAGCGAUCGUCAAAUACGUCUGAAUGUUUGUACUGUUCACGGCGGCGGAAGCGUUGUGUAUUUUUGUUGAACCAUUUCGUCAGUGCUACAUCAUCAGAUUAUUUUAUUAGUUUGAUUAAAAAUCAUAUGAAAGUAAAUAAUUGUGAUUCUCGCAUCAAUGCAUGUAUUGCUGCUGCAACUCUUAUGCGAUUUGGUAAUUUGUGUAAACGCUCAUUUAUUAAAUGUGGCGUUUUUGAUCAUUUAUUUUCGGCAUUCCGUGAAAUCUUAAUGGGCAAAGGUUCAUAUGAGUUCGAUUCGUUGGAAGAUGAGGAACAUGUAAAAAGGAUUAGAGAAAAGAAACCAUUGGAUGUAGCAUUAAAGAAAAGUGAUAGGAAUUCACGUAACAGGUUGUCAAUUGUUUUCCAAAUUUUGACAUCUUUUGGAAUUGAUCGCGAUCAUAUUGCGGGAAAUACGGCUUAUGUAAAGACCAUUUUUCCUAUACAUUGUCGUCAGCGUGUUAAACAAACGAAAUGGAUGGACGCAUAUUACUGUGAAAUUUAUUGUUACGAUAAAAUUGCAAGAGUGGGCAGAAAAGUUAUUUUCAAAGAAAAGAAUGGAAGUUUGAUUGGUGUUGUACCUGCUAAUAUGCUUAGAAAUGGCAGCGAAUAUUUUAAUGCAAUGUGUAACUACGUGAGUGGAACGGGAUUUUCAUUCGAUGAUCACGUCUUUACAUUUUGUGCUGAGGAGGAACAUUGUUCCGUAGAACAAUUUAUGCAAUUUAUCCAUUUUGUUUGUGGCUGUAGAACUGAGAAAUGUUUUCGUUUGAACGAUGCUUCAUCUGUCGCCGUUAUGAUACGAUUGGCAGAUAAGUAUUUAUGUCAAGCACUUGCCGAUCUUUUAUUCGAUAAUGAUGGUCCUUGUCAGCGUUUCAUUUGCCCUUCCACAUUAUUAGAUUUUUUUGAGGUCACGAGUUGUACACAUUUGGAUACUAAAAAUACUUUGCAUAAUUUAAUCGUUACCGAAGUGCUAAGCGUUAAUCAUUUUUCGAAGGAUAGCAUUUUUCACUUCUUAAAACAUAUUGCUGAAACAGAAGGAACGUUGGAGAUAUUUAUUGAUAUGAUGCGGUCAUUCUUAAAUUGUUAA